GAAUGGCCGAAAAAAGGGGCUUCAGGAUUAGACUUUCACCCUUCUGACUUAACAGUAAGUCAACUCAAUUAUUCUAUAGGGUACUGUAUGUAUGCAUGUAUUACUCCUAGUUUGUAUUUGUAUUUCACUUGUUCAAAGGGCCAACAGUCCACCAAAACGGAAAAAACAGAAAAGCUCAAAGCACGAGCUUCUUCUUCUUCGAUGAAUGAGCUUCAUGGACUGGGAUUUGCACGCUAUAGUGAGAGGAUGCACCAAUACUCAUCAAUCCGACAACAUCCUAGGCGAUCUUAACUAUUUCCAGUUAAGUCCUCAACAAGAAAUAGAUGAACGUUUCUUCAAGUCUCACCAAUUCUCAGAAACAGAAACCAUCACUACUGCCAUCGUUGAUGAUGAAUUGGAAGAGCUUUACAAACCUUUCUACCCUUCUACAACUAGUUCCCACCCUACCUCCGCUGAAGUCAACAAAGUACUCCAUCUCAAACCUUCAGAUCCAACACCAUCUAAAUGUAAAAGAAGGAAGAAGAAUGAAGAGAAGAAUAAGAGGGUAGUGAAGCGGGUGAGAGAAGAAGAAGGGUACAGUGAUGGAUGGGCAUGGCGUAAAUACGGGCAGAAACCAAUAAAAGGAUCAGAGUAUCCGCGGAGCUAUUACAGGUGUAGCAGCUGCAAAGGAUGCUUGGCUAGGAAACAAGUUGAACGGAGCCAUUCCGAUCCACAAGUUUUCAUAGUUACCUACACAGCUGAACACACCCAUCCUCCUCACCCCAUCACUACUAUUCCAACAAACUCACAAGCACAAGGAACAGUAGUAGGAAGAGGCUGGAAGAGGAGAACCAAUCUAUAGAUGAGGCGCCAAUUGUGCUUUCAAUCAACUACUUGCUUUAGAUGGGUGCGCCUUCAUCAUUAUAUAAUUUUGCUUUUCAUACAGCAAGUCAAGAGAACUUAUUAUAUAUUGUUUUAUUAAUAUUAUAUAUAGUUUGUACGCUGUUCGUCAAAUACUAAAUAAUCUAUCCUUGGUUCAAAUUUCGGUCCAAUUAAAGUAGUAUGAUUUAAUUUUC